AUGUCAGCUAAGAUAAUAACAACAUUGGGACCAGCUAGUGGUAAUCCUGAAGUUUUACAAUAUUUUAAAGAACAUUCAGUUGAAAUAGCUCGCUUAAAUGGUUCUCAUGGUAUUAUUGAAGAACAUAUACGUAUGGCUAAACUUGCUGUCUAUGCUGGUUUAGAUUUGAUGCUUGAUUUGCCUGGACCAAAGAUUCGUUUAGGAGAAAUUAAUGAUACAUCAUUUUCAGUAAAAGCUGGUGAAAAAGUAAUUAUCGAAAACGUAAAAAACACUAAAAAACAUAAUAUCAUUGACAAAGAAAAUAAUAUAAAAAUACUUCCAUGCCAAUUUUCAAUUGAAAAAUCGACUAAAAUAAAUGAUAUUGUCUAUAUUGAUGAUGGGAAACUACAAUUUCGUGUACUCAAAGUUGAAGCCAAUCGUAUACAAGCUGAAGCACUCAAUAGUGGUCUAGUUAAGAGUCACAAAGGUGUUAAUUUACCUCAUGGUAAAAUAGAUAUAGAUUUUCUUACUGAAAAUGAUCUUCGUCUUAUCGAAAAGUUAUUACCUAUAAUUAAACCGAAAUAUGUAGCUACAUCAUUUGUUAAAACUAUCAAUGAUAUUCAUCGAUUGAAAAAAGCUAUCCAAGAUUCACUUAGUAAUAUAAAAGAUUAUUAUCCAAGGAUUAUAGUUAAAAUUGAAAUGGCUGAAGCUAUUGAACCAAUUAAUAUAACAAAUCUUAUCAAUGAAUGUGAUAUGAUUAUGAUUGCCCGUGGUGAUUUAGCUCUUGAAACAACACCUGUACAUAUUCGUGUUCCAUUUAUACAAGCUGAUUUAGUUCAACGUUGUCAAAAACAAAAUAAACCAUUUAUUAUUGCUACACAAAUACUUGAAUCAAUGAUUACAUGUCCAGUACCAACACGUGCUGAAGUUUCCGAUCUUUAUCGAGCCAUUGUUUUAGAUAAAGCUAAUUAUAUUAUGUUAUCUAGUGAAGCAGCUGUUGGACAAUAUCCAAAAGAAUGUGUCACAAUAAUGCAUGAUUUAAUUCAUUAUAAUAAGAAUAAUCAAUUAGAAUUAAAUAAUUCUAAUAAAAAAUUACCAAGUGAGACAGUUUCAAAACGUUCAAUAAAGAAAAUAAAAACGCAAAAUCGAUUGAAAUUAAUUAAAAGAAAACGUUUAUGA